AUGUCGAAAUACUCGGCCUCCAAACCCACUAAUAGCGAGACCGUCGCCCUUCUUGAUGAUAAGCCGGGCGAGGCGACCGAUAUACAUGAUCGCCCGGCAAAACGUCCCCGCCAAAUGAGACUUCCCAGAGUGAAUAUGGAAAGAUUGGGAGAACUAUGUGGUCUGCGGAAGCUAAGAUCUGGUACACGAUCCGACUACAAUGCGAUGACAACUGUUGGAAGUGCUGUUGCUGCAAUGGAAUUGGACAGCAAAGCGAAGCGGCCGACGGGGUUGAUCUGGUCAAUGGAAAAAGCAAAUCGAUGCAUUAUGAAGAAAGACUUGUAA